AUGUUAUAUUUCAGCAGUGCAACACGAACUCAAUAUGAUGCUAUACUGCUCUACGUAGAGGCUUUUGAGCAGCGAGUGCUGUACGAUGUCCCUAUCCACAUGUGCCGCCAUCCGCUGCUGUGUGAGUACAUCCACUCCAUGCUGACUGGCUGUCGACCGUGGCUACUGAGGGGAGAAUUGGAGAAUAUAUGCGUGAUCCUUCUCUCUAAGGAAGGAAGGACGGUGGAGACGCUGGUGAUUGAGCCUGGGUGGAGUGCAACGUUCGUCGAAGAAGCAGCAUCGGACGAAGAUUAUCAGCUGCCUUUGGUGCAGCUAGAGGAAGCCUUUCGAGCGGGAAUGGUUGCAUUAGUAGCGACUUCAGCGCCGAACACAGGUGAGCGUACAGACAGCGCUAAGCCGAACACAUUUCGCAUCUUCGCUCAGACAGUGGAAGACGCCACCAAUCGAGGAACUGCCGUCAAUGACGACAGUGUCAGCAACUCUUGGGUACUGGCAGAUCCGAUCUGGUGCGAGGACCAGAAGAAGCAGAAGGAAAUUUUCCCAGUGAAAUCCAUACAUUCAGAAGCUUCACCUAUCCGGCUCAACGUGUACAUGAAGAGCCAGGAACCAGCAUCAGCGAUGAUCGAUAAGACGUAG